AUGUCUGUGAAUACCAGUGCGAUUGAGAUCAAUAGCUCUGGCCUCCACACUUCUUCCUAUCCUGAUGGCUCAUAUGCUUUUAGUGUGGAGGAGGCCAUACGAAGUCGCACCGCACCACCACCGCCAUCGUCAGCAUCGAUGAAUGGUGGUUUCAGCAAGUUAGCAGUAGAAGGGGAAGCCGAUGUGGGGGCAACAUCUGCAAGAACAGCAGCUGCAGAAGUUACAGAAAGGGAUGAAGAGGGAGAAAGGAGAGGAGAAGAACACCAAGUGCGCCAUCGUCCUAAUCUUCAACUGCUCCGUGGAAGUGACAAUUCUUGUGAGCCAUAUUAUAAUGAACAACAACAAUACUUUAAUGGAAUACAACGUCGGGCUCCGCCCACUCCAGUAGAACGCACUGGGAAUAAUCGUACCAGCUCUAUUGGGAGAGAAAGUACUCCUGCGCGACAUGCAGAGUUACGCGAACUGCUUGUGACUGCGGAACGGGAAUUAGCGGAAGUACGCGAAGAGUACUCUCUUCGUGGCGCCGAAAUUGAUAAACUCCGCGCAGAACUUGCACGAGAGCGAGAAGUUAACCGGAAUUCACAGAUUCGAUACGAUGAUGCAUUGCAAGAGCUGAGAGAAGAGCAUGCAGAGCAAACACAGCGUCUGUUGGAUCAAAUUUCAGUUCUCAAACGACUCUCAGAAAAUGUAAUGGAUGAAAAAGCAAAACUUACUGAAGAGACGGCGCAGCGCAAGCAGCAACUCCUUGCAUUACUGGAACGAGAACGAGAUGAAAAGAGUCACAUUAUGGCGGAUUAUAGACAACAAACUGAGGCCCUUAUAGCGGAACAGGGUCGAGAAAUUACCUCGAUGCGAAGUACCCUUCAGUUAAGUCGUGAAGAACAGGAACGACUUCAGGCUGAACGUAAAGAACUUGAAGAGAAGAUACAAACUCUAGAAGAACAAGUUACCCAUCUUGAGAGUACGCUCACAAAAGAACGUACUGAAGCAGAUAAACGGUUGCAAGAGAUAAGUCAACGUCAUGUACGAAAAAUAGAAGAAUUAACAGCUCAGAAUGAAGAGAUCGCCGCACGAACUGAACGUGAGGCUAGCAAGCAACAGGAACGACGACAAGAAUUAGAGGAUCAGCUCCGCAGUGUAGGAGAACGAUUACGUGUGCUAGAAGAGUCUCAUGCACUGGAGCAGCAAACCCUAAAGGAAACGUACAGACGUGAAGUAGAAGGACUCCGUGAGGAGCUGCAGAUUGGGAAUGCCCAACGUGAGCAAUUGGUAGAACAACAUGAGAAAGUAAAACAAAAGCUGUUAAAAAAUGAAGAGAAGGUCACACAAUCGUUGCGUCAGUCUGUAGAGCAAUUACGUCAAGAAAAGGAAACGAUGGCGGAAGAAGCGGUGCGACAGCGGGAGGAAAUGCAGGAAAAACAUUGGGCCAAGGUAAACCAACUUCAAACUGUUAUUGAAGGCCUACGACGACAAGUUGCGGAUGAGAGUGCGGCACGGAAGGAUGCUGAGUCUGAGCGUGACCUCCUCACGGCACGGGCGGAUGGCCUUCAGGGUACAGUAAGCCGCCUUGCCGGGGAAUUGGAGUCACUGCAGGUGGAGCACCGGACCCGUGAGCGAGCGGCGGCGGCUGAGCGUGAGAGCUGCGUGGAGGAACUCCGCGGCCAACUGCUGGAGCGGGACGGGGAGCUGGCGGCCCUGCGGGGGGAGCUCGCCCAGCGGGAGGAGUCGGCCCGGCGGGACCUCGCGGCGGCGGCGGCAGAACUCGAGCGGGUCCGGGCGGAGGGCCGGCGGGCGGCGGAGGGCGAGCGGGACCGGGCAGGCCGGGAGCUCGCGACGGCGGCGGCGGAACUCGAACGGCUGCGGGCGGAGAUUGGACAACUCCACCGAGACGCCGCGAUGCGGGAGGGGGCGUGGCAGGACGAACUCGCCGAGAUGAGAGAGACACACGAGGAAGAUGUACGCCGCAUGGAUAAUGUACUCCAUGCACUUCGUGCCGACCUCACACGCGCCCUAGCAUCCAAGACAGAGGGGCAGAAAGAAAUGGCAACAGCACAGAGAGAGGCUCAGCGGCAGCGGGCCCAGUUGGAGGAUGCACUCGCACUCGCAGAAGACGCCCGAACCAAACUCCAGGAUGACGCACACUACCGAGAGCAACUGAAUAAUGAACUCCAAGGCACCGUGCGACUCCUAGCCUCAAAACUCGCAGCUAACGAGGAUGACACAAGACGACUGCAGGAGGAACUCACUGACGUGAAUACGCGCCUUCAUGACGCACACACCCUCCUAGGGAGAAAGGAUGCCGCUAUUGGACAGCUGAAUGCCCGACUCCGCGCGUAUGAGGCGAGAUCAGGGUCAACCUCCCUAUGA